CGAACCUUUCUCCUCACAGAGGCUUCCCAUCGCUGAAACGCUAUCCUCUCCCUCUCUAGACCUGCAAAUCACCAGUAAUCUCCAUCUCCUUUCUCUCUGCUAUUCGGCUUUGGUUCUUCGCCAUCAGAUUCAUGGCCUCCAUUACUCAUUCAACAAAGCACCUCAUUCGUCACACAACAGUUGAUUCUCGCCCUUCUAUCUUGUCUACUAUGGCGUCUCAUCCGUCACUGGUUUACGUCGGUUGGAACACACGGCGUCGGCAAUUCUCUAAGCUCUCCGGCGUCUCAAGUCCAUGCCCUAGGAACAUGAACCUUGCGCCUAAGUCUUCGGAGGAGAACACAGAUAUUUUGCCAUCGGAAGAUAACCCUGAAGAUGGAGUCUCGCUCGGGACCAUGAAAUUACCUUCGGACAUCGACAUUGCGAAAUUCGAGGUCCUACUCUUCCAGUGGGCCAAUAGUCUUUGCCAGGGAGCUAACUUGCCGCUUCCAGUACCUUUGAGGGUUGACAAAAUAGCCAGUGGAGUUAGGCUUGGUUUUAUCUCAAUUGGAGAUGGAAAGACAGAAGUUCUUGUGUAUAUAGAUUGCUUGGUUUUUCCUGCUACUGCCAGCUCUAGCCCAAUUUUUCGAGCCAUAAGAAAUGGACGCUUAAAGGACCAGUCACCUCCCGGUGAACCAAGAAUCAUGAGGAGUCUUUUGAGUGCUUUGAAAAAAUCAGUUGAAAUUGCUGUAGUAUGAGUUAACUUGCCUUUGUAAAUGUGAUAAACUUGUGCUAUCUUCUGUCAUUAGGUGCUGUAAAUGCCUGUCAAGUGAAGAUCAGACCCUGUUCUCGUUGUUUCUAUUAGUUUGAUUCUAUUUUUAUCUUGUUUUUGCUUUAAUUUCCAUGUUAUUAACAAUCCAACGUGACUUGAAUUAAAGACACAAGUGUUCGAGUUGUAUCUAAACCCGAUAUUCUUAGUCGGUUUACGUG